AUGUAUACCGUUGGAAUUGGAAUGAUUCCUUAUAAUGACACAGAUGAUGAUUAUCAUCUAACUCUUGAUAUUUGUUUUCGUCCUGAUAUUUCUGAAAUAUGUGAUACUUUAUUGAAAUGGUGGUCUGUUUAUCAUAAAUAUUUAACUCAAACUUGUUUAGAAUUUCUCUCUGCAGAUAAUAGAAAUAAUUCUAAAUUCAAAAAUCCAGAUGUAAACGAAACAAAAGACAUAAUCCUUCUAGAUAAUAAGGAUUUAGAACCAUCAGAAUUUAUCGAUUUUAUUGUAAGAAAUCAUUUGGUUAAAUAUAUUAAUUUAAACGAAUUAUCUUCAACAAAAGAUCACAAGAUCAAGUUAGCUUAUCAAAUUACUGAAGGAAUUAAAUAUCUUCAUGGAGAAAAUAUUCUUCAUCAAGAUUUACAUUCUAAGAAUAUAGUAAUACAUCAAAAUAAUCGAUCUUGGUAUAGCAAAAAGUACAGAAACCGAAACACAUCUUCAUUCGGGUUUAUUUGUUUAGGAGUUCUUAUGUGGGAAUUAUCUAGCGGUCAUCCUCAGAUGUUAACAUAUAGUUUAAUAAAGGUAGAAAUAUUAAAUAUUCAUGAUGAUAUUGAUGAUGAUGAUGAUAUUGAUAAUACAUCUAUUUCACAGAUUGUAUUUUUUAAUAUUUAUAAUUUACUAAUAAAUUCUAAUAUCAAUCAAGAUUCAUCAUUAGACGACCUUUAUCAAUACUACAAAAUUCGAAUAUGGAUGGAGUCACAUUAG